UUUCCACCUCUGUCCCAUCGAGCCAACAAUGGUACAAGAAUUGAAACCAGCAAUUCGAGAUAUCCUAAAGGAUUCCGACAUGGCCACUGUCAGUGCCAAGUCUGUAAGAAAGAAGCUGGAAGCCAUCAAUGGCUGUUCAUACAACGACAAAAAGAAAGAAAUCGAUGCUCUCAUCAUCGAGAUCUACGAAGCCAUGCAAGCAGACGAAGAGGAAAGUUCCGACGAUCAGCCGCUAGUUAGUCAAAAGAGCAACAGCACGAAACCAAGGGAUAAGAAUGAAGAGUACGAAGCAUAUGUUAUGAAGCCCAGCCCAGCCAAGCGGAAAGCAGCCUCGUCAAAAUCCAAGACAGACGAUGCAAAACCAGCGAAAAAGAAGAAGACACGAAAUCCUUCAUCGACUGGGCGUGGUGCACCAAAUAAUGGGUUUAUGAAACCUCUCAAGCUGAGUCCAGCGAUCCAGACAUUGACAAGAUGUGAACAGGAUGAGUUACCCCGACCAACGAUUGUGAAGCGAAUUUGGGAGUAUAUAAAGGAAAAGGAUCUGCAAGACCCAAGUGACAGAAGGAGUAUUUUUUGUGACGAUACCAUGAAGGCUGUCUUCAAGAUUGACCGUGUACAUAUGUUUACCAUGAACAAGAUCUUGAAUGAAGAAUUGAAAGCUGUUGCGGACGAUCAGGCGGCGUCAUAGGAUAGGUCGUAGCAUUUUUUUCAUUUAAAUGUCAAAUAGUAAAUAAAUAUCAAUCUCGCUGGUUCAGAAACGUAA